UUAGAUGCGCGCGCCGCAGGUGCUGUGACGCGGCGAGGAAACCCGGAUCCUGGUCGAGCGGACCGUCAGCCACGUCACCAAUCAGCGGCGCGAGCGCAGCGCACAGUCCAGCGUAGAGUUGCAGUAAAGUAUCACGGAUUCUAUUUGGUACGUCUAUUAAAUUAAUACGAGAUUCAUGCUUGAAAGACCGGAUGACGCGCACGCGCUGAGCAGCAGAAAGAAAGAGUUUUUUAAAAUGUAUUUAUCAUUAUUAUUUCUGCAGGACGAACAUCUGAUCUGAGAACAGCUUCAAGCUCUUUAAAUCCAGCGCUGAUUACUGAUCGAUAACAUGAAUAUCUUCCGACUGUCUGGAGAUGUUUGUCAUCUGGUCGCCAUCAUUAUUCUGUUCCUGAAGAUCUGGAGAUCCAAAUCAUGCGCAGGUAUUUCUGGGAAGUCUCAGGUGCUGUUCGCACUGGUCUUCACCACCAGAUAUCUGGACCUGUUCACAUCCUUCAUCUCCGUCUACAACACCAUCAUGAAGGUGGUGUAUCUGGUCCUGGCGUACGCCACCGUCAGCCUCAUCUUCUUCCGCUUCAGGAACUCAUACGACUCUGAGAGCGACUCGUUCCGCGUGGAGCUCCUGCUGGUGCCGGUGGCCGGUCUGUCGUUCCUGGAGAACUACGCCUUCACGCCGCUGGAGAUACUGUGGACGUUCUCCAUCUAUCUGGAGUCGGUGGCCAUCCUGCCACAGCUCUUCAUGAUCACGAAGACGGGCGAGGCUGAGUCCAUCACCACACACUACCUGUUCUUCCUGGGCCUGUACCGUGUGCUGUACCUCGCUAACUGGGUGUGGCGCUAUCACGUGGAGGGAUUCUUCGACCAGAUCGCCGUGGUGUCCGGCGUCGUCCAGACCAUCUUCUACUGCGAUUUCUUCUAUCUGUACUUCACCAGAGUGCUGAGAGGAAGUGGAAAGAUGAGUUUGCCAAUGCCGGUGUGAGUUGUUGGAUUAGGCCACACCCAGUCGUGACAUCAUCACCGGCCGCUGCUGUAGUUCUUGUGUUUGAGCUGCAUGUGUGGCUGGUGUAAUCGUGCCUUACAGUGAUCAGAUCUGCUGG